AUGCGCCCAGCUGAGAGGCACCCGGGCGCCUGCGCAGAACAGAACUUUUCUCUCGGCGCGCCUGCGCGGAUGCUGACUCCCCCCCCCUUCCCUCAGCUCCAGCCCUUAACGUCAAGCACGCGAAGGCAGCUGAGCCCACCCGCUUUCCGUAGGGCCUCUCCCGGAAGUGCGCGGCCGAAGCGGGAGGCACCGGAAGCGUUCCUGAGGAGAGAGGUCGCGCAGGGCGGGGAAAGAGGAGGCUUGCCUGACAGGGGCCAGACCCGGCGGCAGCGGAGGAAGGAGGAGGAGGACGGAGGCAGCGCCGUUCCCGGUGAGUGAAGGGCAGGCCGAGGAAGAGGAGGAGGCGCUGUCGGUGUCCUGAGGGGGGGCGGCCCUCUCGAAAAUAAAUACACCCCCCACCAUACAAAGCGGGGGGAGGGUGACGCGUUCGAGGGGGGAGGGGCGUUGCUUGGAGCCCCUGCGCGGCACGUCACAGUCGCCUCUCCUCAGCCCCCGCCCACGGCUCUACGUUAUAGGACCCUGGGGAACACGUCAUCAUCUGGGUGUGACGUAAUCUGGCCGGUGCUCUCCCCCCCGCUUACCACGCCCCCCGUGUUUGCCUCAUAGAUCCCAGGUGCUUCCCCCCCCCCCCCAAUGCCAUCUCUCUGCUGGCACCUCCAGACUUUCAUUGAUACCAAUUUACCCUUCAAGGGAGGGGCCAAAGGCUGCUUUUUCUUAAAAUAAUAACAAUUCAGGGUAAAUUGGUAGCAAAUUCGUGUCUGUGGAAACACCUGCAGGGAGCACCAGGGACUAUGAAUGGCUCCUAGCCACGAUGGCUAUGCCCUGCCCUCUGCGGUCGGAAGCCGUGAUGCUUCUGAAUGCCGGCUGCCAGAGGCCACAGGAGAGGAGAGUGUUUCUCUCGUGCUCAGGUCCCGCUUGCAGGUUUCCCAGAAGAGGCACCUGGUUGGCCACCGUGAGGACAGGAUGCUGGCCUAGAUGGGCCAUUGGCCUGAUCCUGCGGGGCUUUUCUUACGUUCUCAGCGGAGUGAGUCGCAUGCAGAUUGCACAGCAGGCACUUUCCUUAAUGCUACCGUUAUGGAUUAGGGUGUGAAGCCAACCAUCGUCUAGCGGCCCAGGAUUGUCUGCUCAGCAGCCAUCUCUUAGGUCUCAGGCAGAGCAGGGCCAACCAAGGAGGUCUUGAUAUUCCGCCAUGUGUAUUCUGCCCUUUUCGGGGGUGACAUUUGCAGAGCAGCACUGCAGUGGCAGCUAUCACAUGUCCAGACACCAGGCACCUGCAGAUUUCUUGUGCAUGGUGUAAUAUGAUUAUAAAGAAUGCCUAACAUUCCCUGUGGGGCCUGUGCAUAUGUUUUUCCUCCGUUAUAAUAAUAAAUUAGUAGUAAUCACAUUUCCAAUGGUUUUCUGUAAAUGAGGCACUAUACAUAAAAUACACAGGCCAAACUUUUAUAAGCUAAAUAAGACAAGGCACACAAGGUGAAGUGAAUUAUUUUGGGUAUAGAUCAUCUGUUAAUACAUCACCGGCAAGGACAAACAAACUGAAUGCAUACAGAAGGUGAUAAAUUCCUCUUUCUUGGAAAUCAUAUAAUUGUAGAGUUGGAAGGGAUCCCAAGGAUUAUCUAGUCCAACCACCUAUACUGCUAGAAUCUCAACUAAAUCAUACGUGACAGAUGGUAAUCCAACCUCUGCUUAAAAACCUCUAAGGAAGGAGAGUCACCUCUACUGGGAGUCCGUUCCACUGUCAAACAGCUCUUACUGUCAGAAAGUUCUUCCUGAUGUUGAGUUGGAAUCUCCUUUUUUGUAACUUGAAGCCAUUGAUUGGUACGGGUACUACCCUCCUGAGUGGGAGGAAACAAGUUUGCUCCAUCUUCUAUGUGUCAAUCUUUUGCAUAUUUAAAGAUGGCUGUCAUAUCUCUUCUCAGUCUCCAUUUUUACAGGCUAUACAUACCCAGCUCUCUCAACUGUUCCUCAUAAGGCUUGGUUUCCAGACCCUUGAUAAUAUUGGUUGCCAUUCUCUACACACGUUCCAGCUUAUCAAUAUCCUCUUUAAAUUGUGAUGUUCAGAACUGGACACAGUUUUGUGUCAUCUGCAAAUUUGAUGAGCAUCCCCUGAAUACCUUCAUCCAAAUAGUUUAUAAAGAUGUUGAACAACAGUGAACCUCUGACAGAACCCUGUGGCACCCCACUUGUCACUUUUUCCCAGGAUGGUGAGGAACUGUUAGUGAGCACUCAGUUGGUCAACCAGCUACAAAUCCACCUAACAGUAAACUUGUGUUCCAGCAGAUAUCGGAAUAGUUGAAAUCUCCCAUGACUCCUUUUUGAAUGUUUUGUAAUCUCUGUAUGAGGGCAUCACCCAAGUCUGUCAUGGAAGUCUAUAGCAGACACCUUCAGUAAGGUCACUGUUGUUUCCCUCUCCUACAGUUUUUACCCAUAUACUCUCAAACUGUCUGUCAUGCUCCAAGUCAUGCAUCUCUUCACAAGUGUAAACAUCCUUUACUUAUAAUGCUGCCACUUCUCCAUUUCUGUUUGAUGUAUUCCUUUUGAACAGAUUUUGCAAUUUCAGUCACGAGUCUCAUCCCACCAGGUUUUAGUAAAGCCUACAUGGUCAUAUUUGCCAUCCUGUUUUAAAAGCUCCAAUUCAUCUUACUUGUUUUCUAUACUCUGUGCAUUCGUGUAGAUACAACUGAAACCAUGAGUCAUUUCACUGCACAGUGGUCCUUCUAUAGAAACUACAUGGGGCCCUCUUAACACAGAAUAUGGGCAGGUGUCUUUUAACCCAUUUCCACUGCAGGCUGCAGUCUUUUCUGCAUCUUUUGCACGUUGAUUCAACUUGCCUAGAUGUGCAUGAGCCACCCUAAAAAGGCACUAGAAGCCCCGUUUUCUCUCUACUGUCUUAACAAAUAUGGCCUCCCUACUCUCAAUUCACUUAUUUCCUCCCCACCAGCCCAGCAACUUCUUGUAGCAAUGCAGGAAAAAGAAACCAAUCAAUUAGUCCUGCCUGCGUAUUAUAGGCAUACUGUUCUGACAUUUUUUGCUUUUGCCCACUGCAUGAUGGGCUAGAAAUAUGAGCGGUUUUCCAAAAAAAUAAAAUAAAAUGUAAGCUCUGGGCCUUUCUUUUUUCUGGUUCUGUGGUGGCUCCACUUUCUCAACACCAGGUGGCAGCAACAGACUCUUUUCUUCUCGCCUAUGAUCAAUUACUACUGACAGAACAGCAUAUUGUGUGGUUCUGCUAGUUUUUGAAACAGAAUUUAUUUUACUUGCUUUACAGAAAAUCUGUAUGUAUUCCUUUCCUCAGAGAAAGAGCUGCAUUGAGAGCUUAAUUUUGAUGAGGAAAUGGGCUGGAGAGCAAGGGUUUAAAGAACCUCUCUUCUCUUCAUCAGCCUUCAGAUUGGCGUCUCAGGCUAUCUAUAUUUUGUAAAACAAGAGUGUAAAGAGAAUUUCAGGCCAAUGCAAAAAUACAAAAAUGCAAUUCAUCAGGGUUUUGUUUGCUUGGGGAGGAGCUUAACACAGUGGUAGAUCAUAGGGUUUUCAUGGUUGCUGUGAUCUCAAUUUAAAAGGAUCAGGUAGUAAGUCAGGCUUCCUCAAGCUUGGCCCUCCAGAUGUUUUUGGCCUACAACUCCCAUGAUCCCUAGCUAGCAGGACCAGUGGUCAGGGAUGAUGGGAAUUGUAGUCUCAAAACAUCUGAAGGUCCGAGGUUGAGGAAGCCUGUAGUAAGUGUUGAGAACCAUCUUCUGUAUCCCACCCUGGGGAACUGCUGGUCGUUUAAGAUGGGCAGUACUGGGCUAGGUGUACCAGUAGUCUCUCUCCUGAUAUGUCCGCUAAAUAAGCUGCCUCUAUCCUCAUGUGGAUCAUUUGGUUCCUAGCCUAAUUUGUCCUGAGGUGGGUGGGCAGCUGUAAUAGCUCCACCAAGGGUUCUUGAAUUCAGUUGUGACCAGCCCUGCUACUACUUAACUCAGACCACAAGCUUAAUCCUAGUCAACAGUGUGAUGCAGCAGCUAAUGCUAUUCUAGGCUGCAUCAACAGAAGUUUAGUGUCCAGAUCAAUGGAAGUAAUAGUACCUCUCUACUCUUCCUUGGCCAGACCACACCUGGAGUACUGUCUCCAGAAGAGAUUGAGAGGAGAUAUGAUAGCUAUCUUCAAAUAUGUAAAGGGUUGACACAUGGAAGAUGGAGCAAACUUGUUUUCUCCUGCACUGGAAGGUAGGACGCAUACCAGUGGCUUCAAGUUACAAGAAAGGAGAUUCCGACUCAACAUGAGGAAGAAAUUUCUGACAGUAAGACCUGUUCGACCGUGGGGUGGAAGGUGGUGGCCUCUCCUUCCUUAAGGCUUUUUAAGCAGAGGUUGGAUUGCCAUCUGUCAUGUAUACUUUAGCUGAGAUUCCUGAAUGGCCAGGGGUUCGACUCGAUGACCCUCGGGAUCCCUUCCAACUCUACAAUUAUAUGAUUCUAUAGCUAUUAUUUCCCCACUCUGACACAUCGUUCACAUUUUGAGGAAGCAAAUUCAGCAGAUUAGCUAAACACUGUACAGUUAAAAUACUACUUUGUUGUCCUGAAUCUCCCACCAUUCAUCUUCAUUGGAUAACCUCGUUGGGUUUUAGUAUUAUAUCAGAGUGGGGAGGAAAAAAAAAUAUCUCUCUACUCCACAUGUUUUCCACGCUCCCUCUUUUCACAUUUCUUCUACGCCAGGGGUGCCCAAACUUUUUUCAAAGAGGGCCAGAUUUGAUGAAGUGAACAUGUGUGAGGGCCAACCAAUGUUGUUGACCUUUCUUUUUAGGAUUGGGCUUGUUGAGCUUUUUUUAGGAUUUUACCCCAGGAGAUAGACUGCCAUAGGGGCCAGAUAUUAAACCAACUGGCAGGCUGGAUUACACCCCCGAAAUGGACUUUCCAUAUGCCUGUUCUACACUAAAUAGUCUCAAAUGUUUGUAAUAUUUCCUCAAAGGAGAGUUGUGCCAGGCCAGUGAAAAUUUUGGUUACUGUUUUUUCCAGGCCUCCACUAUGCUUUUUGAGAUGUGGUAAACAGUAUUCCAGGUAUGGUCACACCAUAAAUUUAGUUAUAGUACUACAUCUAGACUUUGGCGUCUGUUAAGUUAUUUCACCAUGCUUUUGAUUCUAAGUAACCCUCUGUGUAAGCAUAUUAGACACAGAAGAGAGUUAAUGGCGGUUUUGCUGGCUGGGGGUGGGGGUCUUUUUCACUGACUUGACUUUGAAAAAACUGCCUUCUGGGAAGUGGUGGCAGUUCCUGGAGUGCUAACUGAAAACCUUUUUAACACCAAAUCCAUUUUUUUGGCUCACUUUCCUUACCAUCAGUUACACUGCAUCAACUCUGUGGUUUAGCAUUUGAAAUCAACGUUGCAGUAGUAGUUUUAAGUUGUGCUUAACGCUAAGCAAAAUCCUUUGGACUUAACUCGGACAUCAUGUUUCCACCUCCCUAUUCUUCCUCUUUCUACAUAUAGAUUUCCUGGCUUGCGUGAAUCAUAGUUUGAACCAGAUUAUGUCUGAACCAAACCACUGACAUCUCACGCUGUCAUUGUGUAGCAGACAUACAAAUGUGCUGAAAGCCUCUGGUCUUUGCUGCAUCCAGAGCAAUAUGAAUUCAUUGGAAAUACAGUCAUACCUCCGUGAACAUCCACCCCCUUGAUCGUACAUUUUGGCGGACGUCCAUGGCAAACCCAGAAGUACCGGAACGGGUUACUUCUGGGUUUGCCACUUUGCACAUGUGCUGAAGCGCAAAACCGCUCGACGCACACAGUGACGCUCUGUCAAGCGUCUCUUUCGUCAAGCGUCCAGGGCUCCAGAACGGAUCCUGGAUGCUCAACGAGGUACCACUGUACAUUCAAAAUGGAACUGCCAUUUUGUUUGAAAGCUGGAUGUUGUUGAAUGUAAGGUGGUUCUUCGGGCAUGAAUCCAAAGACAUCUUCUCUUGCCAAAGCCAUAUGGACUGUUACUGAAUCAGCAGGCCCAUUGUGCGUGGGGAAUUCAGGUAGCCCUCAGCCAUGGUAGAGCGUUCAAGAACUUCCUUCUUCCAUUUUUUUACAUCUUGUGUUGAGCAUCUGUGCCUAAAGAACAGCCAGAUAAGGCUUCACAGCUUCUAGAUACCUGAGUGAUCCUGUUAAAAAAAAAGGCAUUUUAAACUAUCAUUUAUUUCUCAUUUUCUGGGGCCAGCAUGUCUCCAGUACCUUUGUCUUCCAAAGACCUGAAACAUUUCAAAAGAAUAAAAACAAUAGUCCUGCAAGGGAGUGAGAAUGCUUUUGAUAGUGCUUUUUCUAAGGACUUCCGCUUGAAAACAAUUAACCAGGGCAUUUGAUUAGUCAGUCAGAAGUCUGAACAUCACAGCCCUGCUUCUUGCACUUUUUAAGACUUUGGAUUGGAUCCAUUUCCACUUCAGCCAGCAACAGCUUCAGCCGCUGAUAGUGGAUGUGGGAGGUUUGAUCACACUAGUCAUUCAAGCUUGCAAAGGCAGGAUAAAGGCAGCACAAAGAGUUGUUACUUUAUGGUCAGGAAUGGACCCCAACUGGUGUGUCCUAAAUCUUUGUUUAAAUGCUAUUUGUGAAUUUCUUCUGUAAAAUGUUUGAGAACCACUGUAGGCCGCAUACUGCUAAGGGGGGUUGCUGCUUCUUUCAUACUAAAGAUUUGCACAAACCUUAAAUAUUCGAAGUUAACAUACGAUAUUAUCUGCAUAGACAUGCACUAAUGUAUGGAUUCAUAGCGUAUUCUAGUCCUGAAAGAGAUUCCUGUAGUAACGGAGCACCUAAUCUCUUAAAAUAAGGGACCUGCCCUUCACUUUUGCAGAAUACCUUGGUUGCGUGAGAGGAUGGAGCAGGAUUAUUGGCUGCUGAGUAUAGUCAACUUUCUGGUGGAUAUCCAUGUGCUGAGAUUGUUUGAAGUGCUGGGUAAAUGCUGCCUUUCAGGGCAUGUCUUACUAUAGUGUUAAACGGUUAAGUCUUUUUAAAAAAGAAAAAGAGAAGCCAUCAUGACGGAUGAAAGCCACUCAUUCUUCAUCUACCCUUUUUUCAGUACCUGGGACCAUUUCUGACCUGGUAAUUGUGACCAUGGCUACGAGGAUAAUAUGCCGAAGAUUUGCAGGGCAGCCUUGCAGGGCAGCUGCGUUUUCUACUACAAGCAAGGCUGGGGGCAAGACAGUAUUCUUCCGAAAGGCAGAAGAAGGCGGCCAGCCCACCAAAGAGGCGGGAGAGAGCUCUAAACCCGCCACCAUGCUCAAACUCUGGAAGCCUGCAGAAUACCGGGUGUCUUUUAAUCCAUCCGCCUACCCAGGAACCAAAGCCAUAUCUCGUGAGGAAGCCUCGAGAAGUUUGGAGGAGGGUUCGCUAGAAAGUGACUGUCCCAGGAUUAGUGCCAAACCGUUACAGAAUGCCUGCAACGUUACCUGCUCACGGAAGCUUUCGAGCACGCAGAACACACUGCUGGAUUUGGAAGGCAAUCACACUCGGCCCAUCCAACCUUCUUUGGAGCAGCCAACUAAACUGGACCCCGUGAAAGACAACGGGGAAGCAGCUGACGUGGAGGCUUAUGACCCUAAGGAAGAUAUCAGGCUGUUCCAGAAGCAAAGGCCCGAAUACAGAUCUCUGUGCUACAACCGAGACGAGUUCCCUCAGCCCAUUUCCAUGGAAGAACGUGACCGGAUAUUGCAGAAAAUCUCUGUGUUGAAAAGUAGCCUGAAACCAAGAGCAAUCGCAGAGUAUUUCUUCAAGCUGAGCUGCUUGCCAGCUGAACAACAAGUAAGCAUGAAGUCUAACCCAAGGUUUGCUGUGCUGUGCCGCUAUGGAAUUGAGAAGGUCCAGCUCUUUGAUAUUUCUGAGCUCAUGAUGGUUUUAGAAGCAUUUGUCUGCCUGGCCAUCCCACCCUCCCACUCUAUGUUGAAUGUGUACGAAGCGGAGUGCUGCCGCCGGGUCUGGGGCAUGACGCUAGACCAGCAGCUGAUGGUGGCUGACCUGUGGCGCUGCUUAGGCCGCAGCGUCCCCCAGUACUUGGAGAGCAUGCUGAGCUGUGUCAACGUGCGUUGGAAGGAACUCUCUUUGCCCCACGUGGUCCAGCUGGUCUACAUCAUAGGCGAAGGCCGUAAAGCCCCUGAAGAGUUAAUGAAGAAAUUAGACUUCUUGGUGUUAAAACAGUUGGACUCUCUCAAUCUAGAGGAAGUGGGUGCCAUUUGCUUAGGGUUCUUCAAGUCACACAAUGGUCUUUCAGAACAUACCAUGCGGAAAAUUGGAGAUAAAGUCUCUGCCCGUAUGUCAGACAUGAGCUCUUUUGCCUUGGUGAAUGUCCUCAAGAUGUACCGUUACACUCAUGUUAUUCAUCUUGACUUUAUGAAUCAGCUUGGGAAUGUUGUUCCUCCCAUGAUACCAACUAUAGGCAUUCAAGGUGUCAUGCACAUCACCCUUGCCUGUUCGGCUUUGCAUUAUCUGGAUGAAAGGAUUAUGAACGCUGUUGCUGCCUCUUUGCCUUCCAGAGUUUCUUAUUGCCGGAGCAAAGAUAUUGCCAAAUUCUUGUGGUCAUUUGGAUGCUUGAACUAUGAGCCCCCCAAUGCAGAGGAGCUUUAUGCCAGCCUCGAGGAAGAGAUGCGCGCAAAGAUGCAUGAAAUCCAGAAAUUCCCGGAGCAUUUCCUCACCUUUUUGUUAGCUCUGGCAUUUGCAGAGCGAUUCCCAAACGACUUGAUAGACUACGCUUUGGGUCCUGAGUUUGCAGAAUUAAUCAGCAAGAGUGAAUUUGACCUUAGCAAGGACUUGUUCACUCUGGAUGGCACGGUGGAGAUUGAAUGCCCCAGUUACACAGGCCAUCGCCUUGAGCCGCGGCUUAGGCAAGAGGUAGCAGAGAUGCUGUGGAACGUUGCCAAGAAGGAUAUUUUAACGAAGCCGGAAUCGACUGAAGCUCUGUCUCUACUGGGGGAGAUGUUGGGUGGGCCCCAGUAUGUCAAAAGUCACAUGCUCUUGCCUCAUACCAGAUCUGUUGAUUUGGAGAUUCGUUUCGACUCUGACCGAAAGCCGCUGCCGUUUAACUCUCAGGCAGUUGUAAAAUUGGAGCUGAAAGAAAGUGGAGUUUCCCUUACAGAUGACUUGAUGAGUCAGCUUUUAAACAGUAGAUCUAGUAGCCAAUCGCCCAUGAAUAAUACUGAAAGCAAGAUAGAAACGUCUACCCCAUUGCCACAGGAUCCACCCCCACCCACUUGGGAUCAUUUUACGUUUUCGAACGGAGUUCCACUGACGAGCGCCAUCUUGAAUGCUUUAACCAAACCCAAGGCCUCUUCGUGCGAAGCUCCAGCCCCUUGGUUGAAUGAGUUGCAAGGCCAGGAUGUGAUACUAGCCGUCCAGGUGUCUAGCAAGAACCACUACUGCUACAGCACCAAACGCCUUCUGGGGUUCCACAGUUUGAAAAGGAGGCAACUCCGUCAAAUGGGAUACGUAGUGGUAGAACUGCCCUUCUGGGAGUGGCUGCCUUUGCUCAGACGUAGCCGGUCGGAAAAGCUGAGCUAUUUACACCACAAAGUGUUUGGCGCUUUAGAUGACAUAGGUAGUCAGUGACCCGUCUGCAGGUUUUCAGAACCAAAAUUCUGAAAAGUUUCCUCACACACUGAUGCUCUUGGUCUCGGGCAAUGUAGCUAGGUAGUUUAGCAUUGCUGUAUAAUGUACCUUUUCGAAGCUGCUUGGUUGCCAGCAUCUCUUUGCAGGGUCUGUGCUUCAGUAUUCUUAGGAAUGGCAACAUACCCCUGAAAUGGUCCCUAGCUUGCGAAUGUCUCGCAGUGAUUAUCCUGUAAAUAAAAUGUUUAUUUGAAUAGAAUUUUAAAUGUGCUCUUUUUCCUCCCUGGAGUGACAGCUAGCUUAUUUGAAAGUGAACAGGGAGCAGGGAAAGCUCUUCAAGCGUUAAUGGUACCAAUGCAGUCCAGUGGUAAUGUCUAGAUGUAAUCCCCAGUUCACUUAUCACUCUAAAUGAGUCUUAUUCUCCAUCGGCAAAAUGAGAAUUACCUUUGCCUACAUAACCGGGUGGGCUAGGAGAAAUGUGAGCGAGAGUGAUGCUGUAAAGUGCUUGGCAUUUUAAACUGUGUAUUUUGUUUUUUACAAUCUCUUCUAGAAGAGGCUCUCCUUUGUUGGAAAUUUUUGAACCGAGCUUGGGUGGCCAUCUGCCAGAGAUUCUUUAGCUGUGACUAGAUGGCACUUGGGGUCCCAUCCAGCUCUACAAUUCUAUGAUUCUAGGAAAGGCAUUGUGGGUAAUAUGGAGUGUUCACAUAAACUUAAUAGGUUUCCACCAUCCUUUAUUACACUUUAAUCACCUUCUUGUUUAGAAUCCCUGGGUGGAGCUUAUGGGUGGAUUUUUCUGCUGUUCCAAAUGAAUGACUGGAACACACUUUGAAUGGAUUAAUCCACAUUUAUUGAUCUUGAGUGCACAAAACAGUGAUUAAUAAGGAAUUAUCCUUCAUCAAUUCCUUAAUUAAUAAGGAAUUGCCCACUUAAGAUUCCCAAUUGCAGAAAUAUAGGCAAAUAAUGUUAAGAGCCACUGCUAUUCAUACACAGUUUUUCUGUGGCAUGGGAUUUAUUGCCUUGCCUUUGCUUUACAGGUGGCAUAUAGUUUUUGAAAGGGGUUUUUCAUGAUUUUUUUUGUCAACAUCCCUAUAGCAUUGCAUGCUUCCCUCUGUCAAGGCUUGUAGGGUUUAGAAAGUCUCAGAUUAUUAUUUUUUUUGGCAGGGGCACAGGCAGCAGCAUUCUACUUUAAAGCUAAAAUUGGGCUGUGACCUAUAGCUGUUUCCAAGUUUCAUACAUAUUUUCAUCUGGCUCCAUAAGCUGAAUGCUUUCCUGGCAAAGGGGCAUAAUUCUCAAAUGCAGAAAUGUGGUAGUGAUGUCUUUUAGCUUCCUGGACAGCCCGGGGCAGUGUUGUCAAUAGCUACUCCCCUCUGGCAAGUAUGAAUCUCAUUCAAGCAAGGAAGCUUUUGUAAAAUGGAAGCCCCUGACCCUUAAACAGCUUUUGAUGUGCCACAAAUGGCAAUGCAGGUAUGUUUGCUCACACGGGCUUGUUUAAAAAAAGAAUAUUCUGUUGGCUAGUUUGCAAGGCUUAUGUAGUCUGUUACAACAUAGGCUUGGCUGAAAGCAAAAUGUUUCUUGCAUUUCGCUUGACUUUUGUGGCUAAGCUCCUAAGAUAAACUAGGUUUUGGGGGAGAGGGGUGGGAUGUAGAGCUGGGUAACAAGCAAGGAUUUGGUAGAACACCACACAAGGAAUUUUCACUCAAAGGAGAAAAUGGGCAUCAGCAGACAUAUGACGAAUUUGGGACAGCAAGGGUCCUUUUAGGCAGCCUCAUAAUGGAGAGGAAAGGCUUGUUGCACCACCCUGUUCCCCUCAAAGCAUCUCAUCUGUGGGCUAGUGGAAUGAAUGCCUUUCCAUCUCUAUACUUGCUUCUGCACUCCCACCUUAGGGACCUUUCCUCACCCAUCAUCGCUCCUGCAAUAGGAAGGUACAAGCAACACCUGCUGCAUGACCUCAAGUUGUUAGAUUUCUGGGAUACCUUCCUUGGAAAACCUUUAGGAGACGCUCCUUGCUGCAGCACUCGGAGUCAAAGUAGACAUCAUUCUUAACUGUGUGGCUAGGAAACUGCCUGCUGGCUUCCUACAGGCAUCUGGCUGGCCGCUGUGAGAACAGGAUGCUGGACUAGAUGGGUCUUUGGUCAGCUCUUCAAUACGCACAGGUUUUAGUUCUUUUUAAUAAGUGAAGGAGCAUUGUUCACCGGGAGUGCAGUGCCCAGGGGGGCAAGGUCACUCUAACCUUUUCCUUCCCAUAUGAGAUCCCCAUGAAAAUUCCACCACUUUGAGGCCAGGGGAGAUGCUCCCAUUGGCUAAGUGAGGGGUGGGAUCUUAUGACAGCACAAGUAGAAUAAAAUCUAGUUUUGGCCUUCCAUGACAACAUGAAGCUGAGCGUAGCACCCCUUGCAUCCUGCUAGACCAGUGGUUCUCAAAACAUUUUUCUCUGGGACAUACCUUUAGAAUAAAAAUUUCCUUGCGCCACACCAUUUUUAAAAUUAUGAUAAAUACAUUGGAAGACAAAAAAAGAAACAACUACCAGUGCCUGAUUCAUAACAUAGAACACAACUACUUUAUAAUAUGAUCAUGGGACAUCCAGAAAGUAUAAAACAGUCCAGCUAAAUAAGAAUGUGAUUUCCAAAAUAUAAUUAUAAAUGAGCCUCUUACAUACAGGUAUGUACAUUAAGCAGGUAUACAAACUCAAUGAGGGGUGUGAGAUUGCUUUUGCCAGGUAAUCUCAUUCAUAUUAGGUCUAAUUUGAGGCAAACUCUUAUCUCAUCAACACAAAGAAGCCUUUCUCUUUUCCAAUCUUUCUUUACUUGUCAUAUCCCUGUUCACAACAAUAUGUCAUGGAGAACUGCAGAACAAUAGCCCAUGCUCUUGAAGAGAGGUAUGGAUAUGGUUUCUGGCUGUAUAUCCGAAAAGAGUCCAGUAGCAUACUCCUGUGUUUCAUUUUCAAGGUACAAACACUUAAAACGCAGGCCAUUUCCUCCUCAUUCAAUGUCAGUCCUGAACAGCUGCAAUUUGCAAAGGUGUCUCUAACCCAGUCUAAAUUUUCUGCAGAUGAUGGGAAGUAAUGGUCAAUCUUUUCUACCAGUGUUGCAAGCUGUUCCUGUACGAGGCCAUGUAAUUCAUUGUCUUUUUACCUGCGGGAACAUUUUCAGGGUAUGUUGCUGAAGCUUUUUUGUUUUUGUUUUUUUAAUGCAGCUUGUUUUGUCUGUAGCUGUGAGGAUAUUGUCAUUGUGGGCUUGCAUACUGGCAUUGAGCUCAUUCAGCUGGGUAAAGAUAUUGACCAAGUACAGUGGUGCCUCGCAAGACGAAAUUAAUCCGUUCCGCGAGAGUCUUCGUCUAGCGGUUUUUUCGUCUUGCGAAGCAAGCCCAUUGACGGAUUAGCGCUAUUAGCGCUAUUAGCGGUUUAGCGGCUAUUAAAGGCUUAAAGGCUUAGGGGAUUAGCUGCUAAAAGGCUAUUAAAGGCUAUUAAAGGCUUAGCAGAUUAGAUAAAGGGGGGGGAAAGCCAAAAAAAGUCUCAAGACUCGCAAGAUAUUUUCGUCUUGCGAAGCAAGCCCAUAGGGGAAUUUGUCCUGCGAAGCAACUUCAAAACGGAAAACCCUUUCGUCUAGCGGUUUUUCCGUCUUGCGAGGCAUUCGUCUUGCGGGGCACCACUGUAUGCCAGCCUUGCACACCAGUCCUUGGCAUUCAGUUGGUGCUACUCGUUCCAAAAGCUCUUAAUUCGUUCUUCAGUUCCAAUACCCAAUCUAAAACUUCUGCACGACAGCCAGUGAACCAAACUAAAUGUUUCUUUGAUUGUCCUUGAAUCUUCCCACUGCACUUGCCAUCUCCUGCCUCACCCUUUGAGAUCUACUGUGCUAGACCUGCUACCUUUCUGUCAGCACUCAGCCUUUGCUGUCCUGGAUUCCCCCUUCCCAAACAGAUAAGAUUCUGCUUGUUGAAGGGAAUCGGAAGAUGUUGCCAGUAGGCAGGCUUCGUGCUUGAGGAGGGAACUAACCGAGCCUUCUCAGUGUCAACGUAAUCAUGGAUCAGAGAUCCGUCUCAAAGACCUUUUCAUUUAAAUGUAUAUUGGGAGUUAUUGCUGAGCUAAACCAGGGAGGGUGUUGACGAAACUCAAAAGGGGUACCAAGCUGAAAGCAGUGUUCAAAAAUAGCCAGGCACAUUUUGCAUCUGGCUAUCGGCCACUUGCAACCAAGGGAAGAUGCCUGGCACCAGGAAUGGUGCCUGACGUCUCAAACAUCUGCAGGUGCAUGCCUGGGGACCUUAGAUCUUGACUGUUUCCACACACCAGCAACACAUCCUGUAGAAUUCUGGCUGUGAUUGGCCCAAGGUCACCCAGUGAUCUUCGGGGCUGACUGGGGAUUUGAACCUUGGUCUCCCAUGUCUUAGUCCAACACUCCAACCAUUACGCCACACUGGCUCUUCUGUUUCCUGAGGAGAGGGAUGGUGGUCAUCAACCCUGGCCGUGACUGCAGGUUCUGCUCUCACAUCCAAGGACCAUCUUUUCAUCCAUCCUGCUUGAGCUGAUACGAUAGAAGCAGAGCUGUAGUAUAGGGUUACCAGACGUCCCUGGUUCCCGGGGACAGUCCCUGGAUUUGCAAAUCUGUCGCUGGACAAAUUCAGUCCCCAGAAUGUCCCCAGAUUUGCAAAUCUGUUCCUGGGAAACGUGGCAGUGGCAGCCUCCGCAGCCUGGAGCAAGCCUGUUAGCGCAGUUGGCUCUGGCUGGCUUGAAGAACUGCUCGCUGCCGUGGCACCCGCCAUUUUUCCUGCGCCACGGCAGCGAGCAGCUCCUGAAGCCAGCCAGAGCCAACUGCACUACCAGGAUGGCGCCUUCUGGGCAAUGGCUCCCAAGCCUCCCCUGAUCUGCCAAAACAAAGGGGGAAGGAGAUUGGGGAAGGCACGGGAGUCACGGGCAGGCGGUGUGCCGUUGCCCAGUUUUUUUUAAAAAAAAACUCUGCGCAUUUAUGUUUCACAGGGUGCAAAAUAAGGCCUUUGCACCUUUAUACAAUAUGCAUGUGUGCUUGGGCCCAGGGUCUUUUGCCUCAUCAUCCCCACUAUUGACUCCCUGUUGCUACUCGGCUUCAAAAAAAAAAAGUGUCCCCGGAUUCAUUGAAAAAAAUCUAGUAACCAUACUGUAGUACGGCGGGUCCUAGCUACAUCAGUUUUUCAUGCACUACAUCCAGGGUGGCGGAAACUUAUUCCAAGGCCCUUAUUCCCUUUCUGGGGGUGGGGGCACAUACAGUUGUGGCUGGAGCAAUGAACAUAAAUAUUAUGGUACAGUUGGCUGGUUUUUAUAUACACACACAAACGCACACCUCUGUUUUUCAUCCAGACAAGCAAGAGGCAUUAACAGAGUCCAAGCACACAUGCCAACCUGCCCAAACGCUCCAGGGUAGUAAGGGGUGUGCAGUGUUCAAAAUUAGCAGGGCACCAGGCACAUUUUGCACCUUGCUUUUGACCACUUGAGACCAAAUGAAGAUGCCUGGGUGCCAGGAUGGCGCCUGACAACUCUGUCAUCCAGAGGUGGAUGCCUGGGGAUCACUGGAUCUGGACUGUUUUCACACACUAAUACCACGUCCUGUAGAAUUCUAUCUGUUAUAUUUUGUCUGCACAAUUGGAAUGAAUUUCUGGGACCAAAAUGCUUUUUCUGUGCAGCCUGAGCAGGAGCAGCAGCCAUUAAGAAAAAGAGGUCGGAAUGAGCCUAUAUAUGUGUGUGUGGACUGUCCCUGGAUCAAAUGACUUUUCUUCUCUUUAAGUUCUCAGAGUUCUUAACCUGGCUCAGGGUUGUCUUCUGAACUAGCCAGAUGUUUAAUCAAUCACAGCCAGUCCAUCAUUUGAAAAAAUAGGACUUUAGAGCCGUCCAAAAUGGCAACUAGACAUUCCGUUUCGGUGACUGCAACCUUGGCUUGGUGAGUCAAUCUACCAAGGCCUGGAAAGCCCUAUUUAGACCUGGGCAUCGCUUUGUUAAAACACAACAUUACUGUGCUGUAAUGCAAUCUUCAAAACACCAAAACAAAUGUUAUCAUCAAAGCGGCAAGUUCUGUCACAUCACUUGUUCACCACAGUUAUUUGUUUGUUUGUUUGUUUGUUUAAAAAACUUUUGUGUGCUUUAUUUUAGAGCCAAGUUGA